AUGCAGCAGAAUCCAUUCUAAUUUGAUUUGCAGAUGUUCCAUAAAUUGUUUGAGUUUAACAACAAGGAGAUAAUUGGAAAAGGCUUUGAUUCCAUUGUUUAUAAGGUGAAAAACAGAGAUGAUAAAAAUGAAUAUGCAUUAAAGCUCACAAGUUUUAAGGACUUAUAACACAAAUUUAAUUUUUAACAAGAAAUACGACUCUUAUAUCAUUUAAAUCAUGAUCAUAUAGUCAAAUUCUAUGGGAAUAGUUUGGAUGGCAGCUGUAUAUUGAUUGAAUUUAUGCCCUAUGGUCAUCUGGUGAAAUUGAUAGAUUUAUCAUUGGAUAUACGAAUAAUCAAGUCGAUAGUAUUUUAAAUCAUGAGUGCUGUUCAGUACUUGCAUUCAAGAAAUAUAGUGCAUGGCGACAUCAAACCAGAAAAUGCAUUGAUUUCUAAGGAUUUUGUAAUUAAGAUUUGUGAUUUCGGAUUUGCCAUUAUAGCCAAUUAACCGAAUGCUAAAUUACGAGGUGGCAGUGAAGGUUAUACUGCACCUGAAUUACUCACCAAUGAAAAUUAUGAUCCAAAGAAGUGUGACAUGUUUUCUCUGGGAGUUCUCUUUUUUGUUCUGUUUAUGGGAUAUCGACCAUUCUUGAGCACUCAUCCAUAGAAACAGGAUAAAUUUUGGAAUUAUAUCAAAAAUAAGGAAUGGGACAAAUUCUGGAAGAUAUUUGAGCCCAAAAAACAAGAUGCCGGAUUUAAGACUUACAUACAGAAACUAUUGUGUGCUGAUCCCAACGAGAGAUACACAAUAGAUGAAGCAUUGUAAGAUGACUGGUUUAAAAGCAAUCUAUAUACAGCGAAAGAUUUAGCACUACAACUAAAGAUGCAUUUACCUAAACAGUGA